AUGACUAGUCCUGGCACGAAGGGGUCGUGGCUCUCGCAGCCGAUGGUGAAGAGCGUGCUGGUGUAUCGCAACGGGGACCCUUUCUUCCCGGGGCGCCGCAUUGUUAUCAACGAGAAGAAAGUGUCCAACUUUGAGGUCUUCCUGAAAGAGGUGACAGGAGGGGUGAAGGCACCCUUUGGAGCUGUGCGUAACAUCUAUACCCCCCGGGGUGGGCAUCGUGUCCGGCAGCUGGAGGAGCUUCAGAGUGGAGAGCAGUAUGUGGCUGGUGGCAAGGAAGCCUUCAAGAAACUCAACUAUUUGGACAUCGGUGAAACAAAGAAAAAACCUGCAGAAGUCAAUAACGAGGUCAAGCCAGUUACUCACAGUAGAAUCACUGUGUCAGCACGAUUUCGAAAACCCCUACAGGAGCCCUACACUAUUUUCCUGAUUGCUAACGGAGACCUCAUUAGCCCUGUAGUGCGCCUCCUCAUUCCCAGGAAAACACUGAAUCACUGGGAUCAUAUUCUCGAAAUGGUUACAGGAAAAGUUACCCUCAGAAGUGGAGCUGUUCACAGACUUUACACUUUAGAUGGAAAACUUGUUCAGAAUGGGUCAGAGUUGGAGAACGGGCAAAUUUAUGUUGCAGUGGGUAGAGAAAAAUUUAAGAAGUUGCCGUAUGGUGAUCUGCUGUUUAGCAAAUCUGCAGUGAGAAGGCCACAGGGUUCCAAAGUCUCUGUACUACCUCCGAUUGUGGGAUCUCGUAAGUCUAAAGGCAGUGGAAACGAUCGGCAGUCUAAAUCUACCGUUGGAUCCAGUGACCCAGGAGAAAACAGUUCCUCACCUCAGCCUCCCAAAGGGAAAGACAAAAAAAGCCAGAAUCCAGAGGAUUCUGUGUCCAGACGACACUUUUCUAACAACUCCACAAAAGUAAAACAGACAGUAAGAGCUUCCACAGGAGUCCUUCAAGAUACUGGUGAAGAUAUUUACAAAGCCAGUGAAGAGCGAUCUGAAAUGUGGGGGGCAGCCGAAGUGCAGGAAGAUGAAGAUACUCGUGUAGAAGUUCCACUGGACCAG